UUCUUCUCAAGGCUAAGUAUCAUCGUUCCCCUCCUUCAUACCUUGAAGAGAAAUCAACCCUCAAACUUUUCUGUACUUUUGACCCGAAAAUGGCUUCCAUAUGCAACCUAAUAUCCUCUUCUUCUACAUCUGUCCUUCGAUGGAAUUAUGAUGUUUUCUUGAGUUUUAGAGGUGAAGAUACUCGUUACAAGUUUACUGAUCAUCUGUAUGCAGCUUUGCGUAAUAGAAGCAUUCGAACUUUUAGAGAUGAUAAACUUAAGAGAGGAGAAGAGAUUGCACCGGAACUCUUGAAAGUUAUUGAAGAAUCAAGGCUUUCCAUAGUCGUUUUUUCAGAAAAUUAUGCUAGUUCUAGAUGGUGUUUAGAUGAGCUGGUCAAGAUCAUGGAGUGUAGAAAAAAAAUUAGACAAAUGGUGGUACCUAUUUUCUACCAUGUGGAUCCGUCCGAUCUUCGGCAACAAAAGGGGAGUUUUGGAAAAGCUUUUGCCAGCUAUGAAAGACAUGGAAGGGAUUCCAAGGAGAAGAUACAAAGGUGGAGAGCUGCAUUGACUGAAGCAAGUAAUCUAUCUGGAUGGCGGCUCUUUGAAGGAUAUGAGUCGGAGCAUAUCAAGAAAAUCAUUGAGAACAUAUUCAGUACAUUGAAUUGUAAACAAUUUGAUGUUGGCUCUAAGUUAGUUGGUAUGGAUUCUCGUGCUAAAGAGAUAAGUUUGCGAUUGCAUUUGGAAUUAGAUGGUGUCCGUAUAAUUGGGAUAUGUGGAACUGGUGGAAUAGGUAAGACAACCAUCACCAAAGUUGUAUAUAACCAAUUUUUUUAUCAAUUUAAGCAUACAAGCUUUCUUGAAAAUGUUAGCGAGAUUUCCAAAAAUCAAGGGUUACUUCAUUUACAAAAUCAACUUCUUUGUGAUAUCCUUGAGGUGGGAGAAAACAUAUAUAUAAGUGCAAUUGGCCAAGGAUCAAAUAUGAUAAAAAACAUUCUUCAAUCUAAAAGAGUUUUUGUUGUUUUGGAUGAUGUUGAUGAUUUAGAUCAAUUGGAAUCCCUAGUUGGAAAUCAUGACUGGCUUGGAAAAGGAAGUAGGGUCAUCAUAACAACUAGAAACAAGCAUUUGCUAACUGUGCAAAGGGUAGAUGAGUUAUAUGAGGUUGAGAAAUUAAAUUUUGAAGAUGGUUUUGAGCUCUUUAAUUGGCAUGCCUUUAGACAAAAUUUUCCCAAACAAGAUUUUAUAGAUCUCUCAUAUGAUGCAGUAUGUUACUGUCAAGGCCUUCCAUUAGCUUUGAAAAUUCUAGGCUCUCUUCUGAUUGGUAAGACAAGACCUCAAUGGGAAAGUGAAUUGCAAAAAUUGAAAAGAGAGCCAGACAAGAAAAUUCACAAUCUCCUCAAACAAAGUUUUCAUGGGUUAGACCACAAAAAGGAUAUAUUCCUUGAUAUUGCAUGUUGUUUUAAAGGAGAAGACAAAGAUUUUGUUUCAAGAAUAUUGGAUGGUUGCAAUUUUUAUGUAGAAAGAGGACUAAAAGAUCUUAGUGAUAAGUGUCUUAUAACAAUUCUAGACAAUCGGAUAACUAUGCAUGAUUUGAUACAACAAAUGGGUUGGGAAAUUAUUCUCGAAAAGUUUCCUAAUGAGCCAAGCAGAUGGAGCAGAUUGUGGGAUUUUGAAGAUAUUGAACGUGCAUUUGCAACUAGUGAGGCAAUGAAAAAAACAGAGGCAAUAUUCCUAGACUUGUCAAGAUCAAAACAAAUGCAAUUUAAUACAAAAGUUUUUGCAAAGAUGAAAAAACUUAGAUUGCUCAAAGUUUAUUGGAGGAAGCAUUAUGAUUUUAUGAGAAAGGACUGUAAAUUGAUCCUUCGUGAAAACUUUGAAUUUCCUUCGCAUGAGUUAAGAUAUCUCUAUUGGGAAGGAUACUCUUUGAAAUCUUUGCCAUCAAAUUUCAAAGGUGAGAACCUAGUGGAAAUCAAAUUGCUGAAUAGCAAUAUAAGACAACUUUGGCAAGGAAAUAAGUGUCUUGGAAAGUUAAAGGUCUUAGAUUUAUCAGGUUCCAAGCAGCUCAUUGAAAUACCAAACUUCUCAAAUAUAUCAAAUUUAGAACAACUAAUUCUUAAAAACUGUAGAAGUUUGGAUAAGAUUGACUCAUCUAUUGAAGUGCUGAAGAACCUUAAUGUUCUAGAGUUGAGCUGGUGCAAAAAGCUUACAAGUUUGCCCAGUAGCAUGCAGUACUUGGACUCUCUUGAAAGUCUUGAUUUAUAUGGUUGCUCAAACUUGGAGGAAUUCCCGGAGAUUAGAUGGAGUUGUAGGAAAGGCUUAAAGGAUAUUUAUUUGGAUAGUACUCCUAUAAAAGAAUUGCCCUUCUCAAUAGAUGAUCUCACCUUAGUUCGGAUAUUAUCAAUGAGUGACUGUAAAAACUUGAGAAGUCUUCCGGGCAGCAUUUUUAGUUUGAAAUCCCUUAAACGACUCAAUCUCAUCGGCUGUUCAAACCUAGAGACUUUUCCAGAAAUCACAGAAGACAUGGAAAAUUUAGAAUAUCUUGCUUUAUCAGAAACAGCUAUAAAAGAGUUGCCAUCAACCAUUCAACAUCUAAAACAGCUCAAAUCGUUGCGCGUGGGUGGUUGUUCAAGACUAGAGAAAUUUCCCAAGAACCUGGAGAGUCUGAAAGAUUCCUUAAGACAUCUAGAUCUUAGCAAUAGCAAUCUGAUGGAUGGAGCAAUCCCCAAUGAUGUAUGGUGCCUAUCCUUGCUGGAAAUUUUAAUUCUAGGAAGAAACAAUUUUCGUCACAUACCUGCUGGAAUAACUCAACUUCGUAAGCUGACAUACCUAAUGAUCAAUCACUGCAAGAUGCUUGAAGGUAUUCCAGAGCUUCCAUUAAGUCUAAAACGUAAAGAAGCACGUGGUUGCACAAGCCUGGAAACUUUAUCGAGUUCAUCAAGUCCACUAUGGUCUUCUCUUCUCCAGUGGUUCAAGUCAGCAAAAUUUCAGGAUCAAGAAGCGCAAGCGAAGUCUGCAGGAAGUAUGAUUCCGGGAAGUAGUGGAAUUCCAGGGUGGGUAUUGCAUCAGGAAAUGGAAAGAGAAGUGAGAAUAGAGCUUCCUAUGAAUUGGUAUAAGGAUAACCACUUCUUGGGAUUUGUUUUCUUCUGUCUUUUUGAAGAUAAUGGCACUAAUCCAUGUUUAACCUAUGAUUUGAGAUUUCAUGAUGAUGAGGAUUCAUAUGAAGUUGUGCAUCGUGGUGGGUUUGGUUGCCAAUGUGACUAUUAUCGUAAUAUUAAUAGUGGUGUAUCAGAUGAAUUGUGGGUGACAUAUUAUCCUAAGAUUUCUAUUCCAGAAAAGUACCAUUCCAAUCAGUUCAAGCACAUUCAGGCUUCAUUUUCUGCUCUAACUGUUAGUGAUAUCAAAAGUUGCGGGAUCCAUCUUAUAUCCUCUCAAGAUCAUCAAUACAGAAAUACCCCAUUACUUGAUUCUCUUGGCACUCAAGAUGAUGAUCUUCCCGACAAUUUUCAGGACAAUACUGAAUCAGUAGCAGAAGAUACGAAUGGUAAUGUUAAGAGACGCAGAACAAACCCAAGCAGAGGACACCCCAUGAAAGAAUGAGAACAUUCAUCUCUAUCUUUAAUUCCUUCACUCAAGCUGUCAUGAAAAUUUUCCGGUUCUAGUGGAAUUGGAAUUAUGGAAACAGAAGUGGAAGCGAUACCUGCUAUUCCUACAUUAACAAUACCAUCGCACAAGUUGCUUUUGAUUUGCAUGCAUCUUCCAACCAUAGAGAAUUUUGCAUGUUUCAAGUCGUUCACAAGCUCUACCAGGAAUGUCUCCAGAUGUAUCCUCAAACGACUCAUGGUGCAGUUUGUUCCAAGACUUCACACCACUUAUGUAGCAAGGGGGAGGCCUUAAGAUGAGAUUGUAGGUUUUGAUGUCAAGCUAGGGGGUAGAGUCUGAAGCGGCAGAGUAUGCUCUGUUAUGACCCUAAUGGAAUGACCAAAAGAUAGGCUCUUUGGUAUUGUAAUUUAAAGUAGUGAGAUCCUGAAGACUAUGUAGAUGUAAGAGUUCAAGGGUAGUAGACUUUUGUAUAGCUAAUCGAUUAAUCAUAGAUAUGUCUAGACUUAUGAUUGCAAGUUUUA